AUGGCGAGCCCAUAUCUUGUCCACAUCCUCGGCUGUACGUGGGUUCGGCGCUUCGACUUGGCGCUCGUCAAGGAGUACAUGGCAGGCGGCGACCUCCGAUCGCUCUAUCAGCGGCAGCGGCUCGACGUACCCACGCAGCUUCGCAUCGCGAAGGACAUUGCCAUGGGAUUGCGGCAUCUGCACACGCUCUCGCUGCGACACACCCGGCUCUCGUCGUCGCACGUGCUUGUCGACUUGAACGGCCACGCCAAGCUCAUCGGUCAUGGCCUCGACGGCAGCGGCGACGAGCUUUUCUUGGGCUCCGAGCGCUUCCGCUGGAUCGCGCCGGAGGUGCUGCACGGCGAAUGCGUGACCGAGGCGGCAGAUGUGUAUGCGUUCGGGACGCUCCUCUGGGAGAUGGACCAGCACGACGCACCCUUCGCCGCCUACCAAGAUGCACAAGGAUGGACGUCGGCGCAGAUGAUGGAGAAGGUCCGGCGCAACCGACGGCUCCCGCUGCCCUUCUCGGCCACGUGCCCCCAUACGAUGCGCGAUGUGGCGCUGCAGUGCAUGUCGUUCGACCCAAGAGAUCGCAUGAGUGCCCUCGACAUGAGCCUUCGCCUCGAUUCUCUCACCAUAAAUGAUGAUCCCUGCUACUCGGUAUAG